AUGGCUUUCCCUAUGGAUCAUAUUAUCCAUCUUUCCGCUCCAGGAAUGUUGCGCAAUACAAUCUCAGAGUUUGAGAAUAUGGGGUUUGAAGUCUUGCUCGGCGGCAAGCACGCAGAUGGAUUGACCGAGAAUGCAUUGAUUGUCCUGGAUGACGGAGUUUAUAUCGAAUUGAUCCAGUUCAUUAAAGAGGUGGAGGAGUAUCCCGAAGGUUCGCCCGAGAGACAGGCUCGGACAAGCCAUUGGUGGGCUUCGAUGAAGGAGAAUGGAUGGAUAGAUUACUCUUUGGGAGACUUGACAAGUGCAUCGGACGUUUCCGUGGCGGCGGCUAUCAAUCACAAGGCCGAGAAAGAUAAGGUGCAACUCCGCUACGACGAUGGGGUUGAAGGUGGAAGAGUCAAACCUAAUGGGGAUAUUUUGCGCUGGUUGGUGACCUUUCCUGCCAAGCAACACAAACGGGGCGGAGUGCCGUUCUUUUGCAAGGACCUAACUCCGAGGGAGAGGCGGGUGCCCUGGUCCCCAGGGAGCGCGGGUUCAGGCUCAGAGGCAAGGAGACGAAUCGCGGCCGUGACGCUGAUGACCAGGCGCGAAUCGUUGUCCAAGCAUAUCGAAGAGAUUAGGACUGCACUGGGAAUAUCACCGAUGCCUGUACAAGACAGAGCCCCAGGCGCGGUUUGGAUCCUGGACUCACCGGGAGCGCGCCAGUCGGUCCGACUUGAACUCAUCUCAGCGCAAAGUGCCGAAGAAGUUGCCUGGACGGAAACUGUGGAUGAUAUUGGCGUCUGGGAGGUCACAGUCCACGGACGACGACCAGAUGAAACGCAGGUAGAGAGCCGUAAGACAGUUGGGCGUCUCGGGUGGAUUUAA